UGAUGCAGCCCUGCGCUCUCGCCCAGCGAUUCUUGGGAGGGAAGAGUUGGGGAGGCUUUGGCUGCUGGGGAACUUUUAACAUAGAAUCACUGGUUUGAGAAACUGCAGAAACCGCAACACACACAAAAAAAAGAGGGAAUAACAGUGAUGUGAAUGGAAAGGACGCAGCUUCCUUAUUGUAAGGUUAUAACUGGAAACUGUUCUUUAAACGAUCCUUUGAUACUGAACAGAAAUGGAGGUUGAGGAGGUUGUGGAGUAUGAGGAGUAUGAGGAGUAUGAGGAGGAGUUUGAAGAGGAGAUUGUGGAGGAGUACUGCGUGGAGCGUACAGAAGAGAUCACACAGCAAACUCAGGUUGGAGAGGUGGGGGGCUUGCCCGUUCGGAAAGUGAAGAAGAAGAGGAAAGUUGACACCUCCAAAUUCAUGACUCCCUACCUGGCCCACAGCCAGAAGAUGCAGGAGCUCUUCAGUCAGAACAAGUACAGAGAGAUCUAUGAGAAGGAGAAAGGCAAACCCUACGCAAUCACAAUGAACACCCCUGAACUCCGCAGGAUCAAGAAGGCUCAGCAACAGCUCAGUGAGGUGAAGUACCGCAUGGAAGGACAGAAAGCACAGACAAUGUGUAACUAUGAUGGAAAAGCCAGAGAGAUUGAGCACGUGAAAAACGUCUCACAGCUUCUGAGCAAAGUUCUCUACAGGCAGAAAUGGGAUGAAAUCAAAGACAGAUAUUUGCUUCCUCCUGAUGCCCCUGAGCUCGUACAAGCCGUGAAGAAUGCCGCAAACCUCAGCAAGAAACUGUACACAGAAGCCUGGGAUGAGGACAAAGUCAUGUUUUACCCAUACAGCGACAGUCCUGAGCUCCAGCGCGUGGCAAAAGCUCAGAAAGCUCUCAGUGAUAUCCAGUACAAGAAGGGCCAUGAUGAACGCAAGGCAAAGUACACCUCUUUGGCCAACCCUCCUGAUGUGGAACUUGCCAAAAGAGUGUUCACCCAGCGCAGUGACCUCAAAUACCAUGAGGACUACAACAAAAAUAUUAAGGGCAAGUGGUGUGAAACUCCUUAUUUUGACAUUGCUGUGGCAAGAAUGGUUUCAGACAACCUCAGCACAAAAAAAUACCAAGCUGAUUAUGAAGAAAUGAAAGACCAAAUUUACUUUAUGCAAACAGACACCCCGGAAUACACUAUGAACAAGAAGGCAGGGAUUGCUGCCAGCAAAGUGAAAUACAAGGAAGAUUUUGAAAAGACCAAAAAUGUUGCAGAUUACAAUGUCCUUCCAGCCACAGAGAACCCUCUGCUGAGGCAGCUGAGAUACGCUGGGACGAUUCUGAGUGACAAAAUUUAUAAGGACAGUUAUGAAAAGACAAAGGGAAAGAGCAUUAAUUACUGUGAUACGCCUAAAUUCCAGCUUGACAAUGUGCUGAAGAAGUUCUCCGAUGUUCGAUAUAAAAAAGUGUAUGAGCAGAAAAUCAAGGGACAUUAUAUUGGUAGCUAUGAAGAUCCACAUAUGCGUCAUUGUCAGAAAAUGGAAGAGUUGAAGAGUGAUAAAAACUACAAAGCUGACUAUGAAUUCGACAAGACAAAAUGCUACUUUCCCCAGACUAUUACCCCUGAAUACGACGCUAUCAAGAAAUUGCAAGACUGUACUGAAAAAGUGUACAGGCAGCACCCAGACACGGUUAAAUUCACUCAGGUGACAGAUUCUCCGGUGCAGGUGCAGGCAGCCAUCAAUGCACAACAGCUCAGUGAUCUUAAUUACAAGGAGAAGUAUGAAAAAGAAAAGUUCAAAUGCUGCCUGCCUCCAGACUAUCCCUUCUUCAUUCAAUCCAGAGUCAACGCCUAUAACCUCAGUGAUAACUGUUACAAGUACGAGUGGGAGAAAACCAAAGCCAAGAAGUUUGACAUCAAGGUCGACGCGAUUCCUCUUGUUGCUGCGCGUGCUCACACGAACAUCGCCAGCGACGUGAAAUAUAAGAAAGAGUAUGAAAAAGCCAGAGGGAAGAUGAUUGGGGCCCUCAGCAUUCAAGAUGAUCCCAAGAUCCUUCACUCCGUUCACGUGGCCAAAAUCCAGAGCGAACGAGAAUACAGGAAAGACUAUGAAAAGAUGAAGACCAAAUACCACGCUCCUCUGGAUAUGGUGCUGGUAACUCUGGCUAAGAAGGCCCAGAGCAUUGCCAGCAAUAUAGAUUAUAAAACACUGCAGAACCGAUACUUCUAUCCCCCUGACAGCAUUGCCCUGGAACUGGCUAAGAAAUCCUAUUCUCAGCAGAGUGAUAAUGAAUACAAGUCUGAGUACAAUAACUGGCACAAGGGCACAGGAUGGGUUCCUUAUGGCUCACUGGAAGUGGAAAAAGUCAAGAAAGCUGGCCAGAUCCUGGAUGAGAAACGGUACCGUCAGAAACCAGACACGGUUCCCUUCACCCAGAUUGAGGAUGACCCUGUCAUGGUUCAAGCCAAGAUAAGCCAGCAACAGAGAAGUGAUCUGAACUACAAGAAAGAAGGAGAGAAGGUGAUUCACAAGUACUCACUGCCUUCAGACAUCCCAGAGUUCCUCCAAGCCAGAUGCAAUGCUUACAACAUCAGCAAGAACUACUACAAAUACGCCUGGGAGGAGACUCUUCGGAAGGGAUACGACCUUAGGGUUGACGCUAUUCCUAUCAUUGCUGCCAAGGCGGCUCGCAAGGCUGUCAGUGAUUAUCAGUACAAGAAAGAAUAUGAAAAGCAGAGAGGUCACCACGUCGGGUUCCGCAGUCUGCAGGAUGACCCCAAGCUGGUCCACUGCAUGCACGUAGCCAAGAUGCAGAGUGAGAAAGAGUACAAGAAGGACUAUGAGAAGUCCAAGCUGAAGUACCACACUCCUGUGGACAUGUUCAGUGUGAUGGCUGCGAAGAAAGCCCAGGAGGUGACCACCAACACUGGCUACAAGCAGCUGAUCCCCCGCUACACCCUCCUCCCUGACGCCAUGAACCUGGCACUGGCCCGCAACAUGAUGAACAUCCAGAGUGACAAUCAGUACAAAGCUGAUUACGACAGCUGGAUGAAAGGAACGGGUUGGGUCCCCAUUGGCUCUCUGGAUGUGGAGAAGGUGAAGAAAGCCGGCGAGGCUCUGAGAGAGAAGGGCUACAGGCAGCACCCCGACACCAUCAAAUUCACCAGUGUGUCUGACACCCCUGUCAUGGUGCAGGCCAAGAUCAGCGCCCUCCAGCUCAGUGAUAGAGAAUACAAAGCCAGUGGAGAGAAAUUCAAGCACACCUAUCAUCUCCCUCCAGAUGUCCCAGAGUUCAUCCAGGCCAAGUGUAAUGCUUUUAAUAUUAGCAAGAAUUAUUACAAGUUGAACUGGACCCAAACUCUGCUUAAAGGACACCACCUGAAAGAAGAUGCAAUUCCUAUUAUUGCUGCUAAGGCAUCCAGGAACAUUGCUAGUGAUUACAAGUACAAACAGGCCUAUGAGAAGGCGAGAGGUCACCACGUCGGGUUCCGCAGUCUGCAGGAUGACCCCAAGCUGGUCCACUACAUGAACGUGGCCAAGAUGCAGAGCGAGAGAGAGUACAAGAAGGACUAUGAGAAGGCCAAGACCAAGUAUCACACUCCUGCUGAUAUGUUCAGUGUCAUGGCUGCGAAACAGGCCAUGACAGCUAUUUCCAACACUGCUUAUAAGCAGCACUUCCAUCACUACUCCCUCCUCCCUGAUGCCGUGAAUGUGGAACUGGCGAGGAACAUGAGCUUUAUUCAGAGCGAUAAUGCCUACAAAAGUGAUUAUAAUACCUGGUUUAAAGGAGUGGGAUGGGUACCAAUUGGCUCUCUAGAUGUGGAGAAAGCAAAGAAUGCCUCACUCAUCAGAAGCGAGAAAAGAUACCGUCAGCACCCGAGUACCAUUGAGUUCACCAGUGUCACUGACUCUGUAGACAUGGUUCUGGCGAAGACAAAUGCUAUAAACUUGAACAAGCGUCUCUACACUGCGGCCUGGGAGGCAGAGAAGGGACAAGUGCAUGUCAUGCCUGACACGCCUGAAAUCGUGCAGGCCCUGCAAAAUAAAGUCAACUGCAGUGAGAAAAUGUACAAACAAGCCUGGCAUGAAUCGAAGAAGAAGGGAUAUACACUCAAGCCUGACGCUAUUUCCAUCAAAUCAGCCAAGGCCUGCAGGGACAUUGCUAGUGAUUACAAGUACAAGGAAGGCUUCCGCAAGCAGACCGGACACCACAUCGGUGCCCGCUGCGUCAAGGACGACCCCUUGCUCAUGCUGGCCCUGAACGCAGCCAAGAUCGCCAGCGACGCCGAGUACAAGAAGGACUUCCAGAAGUCCAAGACCAAGUACAACCUGCCAGUGGACAUGCUGGGCUUUGUGUUGUCUAAGAAAUGCCAGAUCCAGGUCAGCGACAUUGACUACAGACGUUACCUGCACCAGUGGACUUGCCUGCCCGACCAGAAUGAUGUCAUCCAGGCCAAGAAAGCCUAUGAGCUCCAGAGCGAUGCUGUUUACAAGGCUGACAUGGAAUGGAUGAGGGGUGUGGGAUGGGUCCCCAUUGGCUCUCUGGAUGUUGAGAAAGCCAAGAAAGCUGCCGAGAUCCUGAGUGAGAGGAAGUACCGCCAGCAUCCCAGCAACUUCAAGUUCACAAGCAAAAUGGACUCAAUGCCAAUCGUUCUGGCUCAGGCUAAUGCCAAAAACAUGGACCAGCGUCUGUACACUGAGGCAUGGGAUAGAGACAAGGUCCAGAUUCAUGUCAUGCCUGAUACUCCUGAAAUUAUCCUUGCACAACAGAACAAAAUCAACACAAGUCAGAAACUGUACAGGCUUGCCAACGAGGAGGCUAAGAAGAAGGGCUACGAUCUGCGUGCAGAUGCCAUCUCCAUCAAGGCUGCCAGAGCCUCCAGGGACAUCGCCAGUGAUUACAAGUACAAGGAAGGCUUCCGCAAGCAGACCGGACACCACAUCGGCGCCCGCAGUGUCAAGGACGACCCCUUGAUCAUGCUGGCCCUGAACGCAGCCAAGAUCGCCAGUGACGCCGAGUACAAGAAGGACUUUGAGAAGUCCAAGACAAGUUACAACCUGCCAGUGGACAUGCUGGGCUUUGUGUUGUCUAAGAAAUGCCAGAUCCAGGUCAGCGACAUUGACUACAGACGUUACCUGCACCAGUGGACUUGCCUGCCCGACCAGAAUGAUGUCAUCCAGGCCAAGAAAGCCUAUGAGCUCCAGAGUGAUUGGGUGUACAAGAGUGACCUGGAAUGGGUUCGAGGAUGUGGCUGGAUGCCAAACGGUUCCCUGGAAGUGAACAAAGUGAAGCGUGCCCAGGAGAUCCUGAACGAUCGACUCUACCGGCAGCACCCCAGCACAGUCAAGUUCACCAGUGUGGUUGACCUGCCUGCCAUCGUAUUGGCUAAAAACAAUGCCAUCCAGCUUAGCGAUCUGAAGUACAAGGAGGCGUGGGAGAAAGAGAAGACUAUUAGUCACGUGAUGCCUGAUACACCAGCUAUCGUACUGUCGAGAGCAAAUGCAAUCAAUGUCAGCCAGAAACUGUACACCCAAGCGUGGGAUGAGCAGAAGGCCAAAGUAUAUAACAUCAAGGAAGAUGCUAUCUCCGUUCUGAAGGCCAAGGCUUCUAGGGACAUUGCAAGUGAUUACAAGUACAAGGAAGGCUUCCGCAAGCAGACCGGACACCACAUCGGCGCCCGCAGUGUCAAGGACGACCCCUUGCUCAUGCUGGCUAUUAAUGCUGCCAAGAUCGCCAGCGACGCCGAGUACAAGAAGGACUUUGAGAAGUCCAAGACCAAGUACAACCUGCCAGUGGACAUGCUGGGCUUUGUGUUGUCUAAGAAAUGCCAGAUCCAGGUCAGCGACAUUGACUACAGACGUUACCUGCACCAGUGGACUUGCCUGCCCGACCAGAAUGAUGUCAUCCAGGCCAAGAAAGCCUAUGAGCUCCAGAGCGAUGCAGUGUACAAGGCAGAUCUGGAAUGGCUGAAAGGAAUUGGCUGGAUGCCGAACGAUUCCUUGGAUGUCAAGAAAGUGAAACACGCGCAGCACAUCCUCAGUGAUCUUGAAUACCGGACGAAACUGGACACCCUGAAGUUCACGCCCGUGGUUGACAGAGUCGACUAUGUGACAGCAAAGCAGGCAGCAGAGAUUCUCAAUGACGCUAAGUAUCGUGAAGCGUGGGAGACCGCCAAGACCAAGUACACGAUGUUGGACACACCACUUCUGGCGACGGCAAGAGAGGCAGCCAAGAACAUCAACCAGAAACUGUACAAAGAAAGCUGGGACAAGGAGAAAGCUACGAGUUACUUCAUUCCACAGGACUCUGUGGAAAUCAAACACGUUAAGCACAGCCAGGGCAUACAGAGCAAUUACAAGUACAAGGAAGGCUUCCGCAAGCAGACCGGACACCACAUCGGCGCCCGCAGUGUCAAGGACGACCCCUUGAUCAUGCUCGCUAUUAAUGCUGCCAAGAUCGCCAGCGACGCCGAGUACAAGAAGGACUUUGAGAAGUCCAAGACCAGUUACAACCUGCCAGUGGACAUGCUGGGCUUUGUGUUGUCUAAGAAAUGCCAGAUCCAGGUCAGCGACAUUGACUACAGACGUUACCUGCACCAGUGGACUUGCCUGCCCGACCAGAAUGAUGUCAUCCAGGCCAAGAAAGCCUAUGAGCUCCAGAGCGAUUUUGUUUACAAAUCGGAUAUGGAGUGGAUCCGUGGAUGUGGGUGGGUUGCUCUGGACUCAGUGGAUCACCAGAAGGUCAAGAAAGCUCAGGAGAUCCUGAACGAUAGAGCCUACAAGAAAGGCGCUAAAGAAGGCUUUGCAAAGUUCACGCAUGUUGUCGAUCGUCCAGAAAUCGUUCUUGCCAAGAUAAAUGCCGCAAAUCUCAGCGACCUGAAGUACAAAGAAAGCUUCAAUCUGGAGAAAGGUCACUACAUUGGAUCAGAAGACACGCCCCAGCUGGCUCACUCCAGAGAAGUGGCCAAAAUCAUCAGUGAGAAAGUGUACAAAUCAAACUGGGAUGGAACCAAAGCCACGAGCUAUCAGCUGCCUCCUGAUCACCUACCACUAGUGGGCGCCAAACACACAAAGCAGAUUGUCAGCGAUAUUAAAUACAAAGAAGCUCAUGAAAAGGCCAAGGGUCACUAUCUGGCUGGAAAGGACAUCCGUGACUUCCCUAAUGUUGUCCAUUCUUCUGCGAUAGAGAAGAUGAAGAGUUUGAUGACCUACCGGAAGGCUUAUGAUGAGUCCAAGACCAAGAUCCAUAUUCCCUUCGACAUGCUGAGUCAUGUGAUGGCCAAGAAGUGCCAGCAUAUCCUGAGUGAGGUUGAAUAUCGCCAGCGCCUGCACCAGUGGACGUGCCUGCCCGACCAGCACGAUGUCAUUCACGCCAGGAAGGCCAACGAGAUCUUGAGCGAUGUGUUCUAUAAAGAGGACCUCACCUGGCUGAAGGGGGUUGGCUGCUACGCCUGGGACACCCCUGAAAUUGUCCGCGCCAAGAAGUCCUAUGACCUCCAGAGUGAACUUCUCUACAGGGAUGCCGGUAAAAAGGAAUUCAAGAAUUUCUCUGUUGUGACUGAUACCCCAGUCUAUGUAACUUCGGUUACAGGAUACAUACAAGCUAGCGAUUUACACUACAGAGAGGCUUAUCACAAGAGCAAAGAUAAAUAUACCACAGUUCUGGAUACAGUUGACUAUGCGAGAACCCAAGGCCUGAAGUCCCUGUACAGCAAUAAAACAUACACGGAUGUCUGGGACAAGAUCAAAGCAACGAGCUAUAAACUGCCUUCAGACUCCUUCUCUUUGGCUAUUGCUAAAAACCAGAAGAACAUCACAAGUGCUCUGAAAUACCGUGAGGACUAUGAGAAGUUCAAGGCCCUGUACACCUUGCCCAAAUCUGUGGAAGAUGAUCCUGCAACAGCAAGAUGCCUGAAAGUCGGAAAAUUGCCUAUUGAUCGUCUGUACAAGGAGAACUAUGAGAAGACGAAGGCCAAGGUGCACAUUCUGCCAGACAUGCUGGAGAUCGUUGCUGCUAAAAACACCCAGAAGAUGAUCAGUGAGAUCGACUACCGCAAACGUCUUCACGAAUGGAUCUGCCUGCCCGAUCUGCAGAUCCACAUGCACGCCCGCAAGGUCAACGAGCAGCUCAGCGAUAUUACAUACAAGGACGAUCUGAACUGGAUGAAGGGCAUUGGGUGUAAUGUCUGGGAUACCCCUGAGAUUCUCCGCACCAAGCACUCCUAUGAACUCCAGAGCGACCUCAAAUAUAAGGCCAAGGCUGAAGAACAGAAGAAGAACUUCACUGUGGUGACAGACACUCCUACCUACGUGCAGGCUGUGAUCAGUGCCAACCAGCUGAGCGAUCUUGUCUACCGCCAUGACUACGUGAAGAAUGUCAAGGGCACAAACACGGCACCUGCUGUCACUGUGGAUCUCGAAAGGGCCAGGGAAGCCAACAAGAUCCAGAGCGACAAUUUGUAUAAAGAAGCCAACUAUCACUUAAUGCCCACGGGAUACACCCUUCCUCCGGACACCCCAGCGAAUCUACAGGCCAAGAAGUGCAGCAUCAUUAACAGCAAUCAAAAAUACAAGGAGGCCUUUGAGCUGGUGAAAGCGAAAAGUUACACUGUUCCCCAUGACAGUGUGAACUUUGUCAAUUUGAGGAAAGUGAAUGAGUCUAUAAAUGAGCGCUUGUACCGCCAACUGUAUGAACGCACAAAGGACAAGAUUCAUUCCGUCUACGAUACUCCUGAGAUCAAGCAGGUUAAAGCCACCCAGGAGGCCAUCAGUGAUCUCUGCUACAAGGAAAAAUACUUUAACAUGAGGGGCAACCUUAUUUCCAUGCCAACAACCCCAGAGCUGAUGCACUGCCGCUAUGUUAACGAUAUCACCAGUGAUGUGAGAUACAAAGAAGACCUGCAGUGGCUGAGAGGAAUGGGAUGCUUUCUCUUUGAUACCCCAGAAAUGGUCCGUGUCCGUAAUGUGACAAAACUCCGGUCUAACUAUGACACUGAGGCUAAGAAGUUGCACGGCAAAUUCUCUGUGGUUCUGGACACUCCGGAAUACAGGACUGUGACAGAACUCAAAUCACACCUGAGCAGCCUGGUGUACAGAGCUGCUGGCAAUGAACAGAAGACAAAGUACACUCCUAUACUGGACAGCGUGGACUUAAACAGAGCUAAACUGGGCCAGCAGAUCCAGAGCCAGUACCUGUACACUGAACUGGCUACUAAGGAAAGACCUCAUUUCACCCCUGAAGCCCAGACUCCUGCUCUGACUCAUGCCCGAGAAAUGAAAGUUAUCACCAGUGAGAAAAAAUACAAGGAACAAUAUGAGAAGAUGAAGAUGAAGUACACUCCCAUCGCUGAUACUCCAACGCUGCUUAUAGCCAGAAAGGCUUACCUCAAUGCCAGUGAUCUGCGCUAUAAGGAAUCUUUUGAGCAAGCCAAAGGACAUUAUCGUACUGUGAAAGAUGCCUUGGACAUUAUUUACCAUCGCAAGGUCACUGACGACAUCAGUGAAGUGAAAUACAGAGAAAAGUAUAUCAGCUCUCUGGGAUUGUGGAGAUCUAUUCCUGACCGCCCAGAGCACUUCCACCACAGGAUGGUUUCUGAAGCAGUCAGCGAUGUCAAAUACAAAGAGGACUUGUCCUGGCUGAGAGGAAUUGGCUGCUAUGUGUGGGACACUCCCGAUCUGGUCCUGGCUGAGAAGAACAAGGAGCUCUACAGUGUGAACAAGUAUCGAGCUUCAUUUGAGAAGAACCGGGCAAACUUCAAAUACACAGCUGAUACUCCAGUUUACAGAACUGCCAAGUACGCUGCUCAGCUUCUCGAUGAGAAGCUGUACAGAGCUGAGUAUGAGAAGACGAAGGAUAAGUACAGCAUUGUUGUUGAUGAUCCUAGAAACCUACUGGCUAAAGAGGUCAACAAGAUGAGCCAGUGGAGAUACAAGCAGAGUUAUGAGAAGGAAAAAGACAAGUACACCACCGUGCUGGACACUCCCGAAAACCGCAAGCACAAAUACACCAAAAAGAUGAUCAGCGAUAUCGUCUACAAGAUGGAAUACAACAAGACCAAGGCCAAAGCAUACACUCUGGGCCACGACACCCCUCACCUUCAGCACAUGAAGAAGGUCAAGGAGAGACUCAGUCAGCUGAAGUACAAGGAGGAGUAUGAAAAGAACAAAGCUCACAUCACAAUCGCUCCAGACGCCCAUGAGAUCAGGGCUGCCAAGGAGGCCUACAAGAACAUCACCAAUCUGGACUAUAAGAAGAAAUAUGAAGCUACCAAAGCCAAGUGGAUCUGGACUGUGGACAGACCUGACUUUAUUCAUGCUGUGAAGACGUCCCAGCAACAGAGUGAUGUGGAUUACAAGUACGACAGAGAGAUGCUGAAGGGCUGCAAACUGUCUGUGACUGAAGACAAAUACCUGACUCUCGCGAAGAAGGGCAGUGAAAUGGCCAGUGCUGUGAAAUACAAGGAGAAGUAUGAGCAGGCUAAGGGGACAUACCAGGUGGUUUCAGACACCCCUCAGAUCCUCCAUGCCAAGUCAAUGGCCUCUCUGGUCUCUGAGAACAAAUACAAAGAGGCCAGCAAGAAGGAGCUCCCCCAGGGGAGUUUCACUACCCUUCCUGAGACACGAGAUACAGUCCACGUCAAGGAAGUCUCAAAGAUUCUUAGCAAGAAACAAUACCAAGAGAAGUUCGAGAAGGAGAAGGGCAAGUCCAACUACGCGCUGAUGCUGGCGCCCCCGGAUGUGAAGCACGCCAUGGAUGUUGCCAAGUCCCAGAGCAAUAUUGCCUACAAGCAGGAGGCCAAGGCUAAGCUGCAUUACACAUCUGUGGCUGAUCGGCCAGACAUCAGGAAGGCCACUCAGGCUGCCAAGCUGAUCAGUGAUAUCGGAUACAGAGACAAAGCGCGCAAGGAGGCCAGUCGCGGAGGGUCUCUGGUUAACCGUCCCGACAUCGAGCUGGCCACAGAGGUGUCCAAGCUCACCAGCCAGGUGGAAAGGGAAGAGCCAGCAAGGCAUGGAGCCGCUUCCAUUGAUACCCCUCAGAUGAGACACCUUAAGAAAAUGAGUGCCCUGCUUAGUAAUGUGAAAUACAAGGAGAAAUUUGAUAAGGAAUUGAAGGGAAAGAGACCCCAGUUUGACCUAAAGGAAAGCAAGAUUUACCAGACUCUGAAGGAUGCUAAUAAUCUUGCUAGUGAGGUGAAAUACAAGGGAGAUCUGAAGAAGAUCCACAAGCCUGUCACGGACAUGUCGGAGUCUCUGUCCAUGCAGCACAACCUGAGCACCAGCAAGCUGUCCAGUGAUUACCAGUACAAGAAGAAAUUUGAGGCGAGUAAGGGUCACUACCACAUGGUUCCUGAUACACCUGAACAAAUUCAUCAUAAGGAAGCUUCAGAACUGCAAAGUCAAGUGAAGUACAAGGAGAAGUAUGAGAGGGAACGAGGCAAGCCCAUGCUGGACUUCGAAACCCCCACCUAUGUGACGGCGAAGGAAGCUCAGCACAUGCAGAGUGAGAAACUCUAUAAGAAGGACUUUGAAGAGUCCAUUAAAGGCAGGAAUCUGUCAGGCUUGGAAGUCACACCAGCAUUAAUACAUGUCAGACAUGCAACCAAAAUAGCAAGUGAGAAAGAGUACAGGAGGGAUCUAGAGGAGGGGGUGAAGGGUAAAGGGCUAACAGUGCUGGAGGAAACUCCGGAUCUGUUGAGAGCAAAGAAUGCUACUCAUAUCCUGAAUGAGAGAGAAUACAAGAAGUCCCUGGAGCAGGAGAUCAAAGGAAAGGGAAUGCUGGCUUUAGCUACGGACACCCCUGACUUCAUGAGAGCAAAGAACGCCACCGAGAUUCUGAGUCAGUCAAAGUACAAGCACACAGCAGAGCAGGACCGAGCCAGUUACACCACUGUUAUCGACACCCCUGAGAUAAUCCACGCUCAGCAGGUCAAGAACAUUGUGAGCCAGAAAAAGUACAAAGAGGAGGCAGAGAAGACCAUGUCUCACUAUGUACCGGUCAUAGACACUCCAGAAAUGCAGAGAGUCCGUGAGAACCAGAGAAACUUCAGCACUCAACAGUACCAGAUUGACCUAAAAAACAGUAAAGGAAAAGUGUCUGUGGUAAAAGACACUCCGGAAAUGCUGCGCGUUAAAGAAAAUCAAAAGAAUUUCAGCUCGAUUUUGUACAAAGAGGAUUUGGGACACGGAACUGCUAUGAAAGAGACCCCUGAGAUGGAGAGAGUUAAGCGAAAUCAACAGGCAAUUAGCACGAUAAAGUACAAAGAAGCUGUUGGGACGGGAACUGCAAUCCCUGAUCUCCCUGAGGUGAAACGAGUCAAGGACACUCAGAAGAACAUCAGCUCGGUGUUGUACAAGGAGCAUCUGAGCACAGGAACUCCAGUGACUUACACUCCAGAGAUGGAGAGAGUCAAACGCAAUCAAGAACACAUUAGCUCGGUGCUGUACUCUGACAGUUUCCGGAAGCAGGUGCAGGGCAAGGCUGCCUUUGUCUUGGACACACCAGAGAUGAGGCGAGUCAAGGAGACCCAGCGUAUCAUAUCAGGGGUGAGAUACCACCAGGAGUUUGAGAAGAGCAAAGGCAGCUUCACUCCUGUGGUGACUGACCCCAUCACUGAGCGCGUGAAGAAGAACAUGCAGGACUUUAGCGACAUCAACUACCGUGGAAUCCAGAGACGCGUGGUGGAGAUGGAGAGGAGGAGAGUGGCAGAACAUGACCAGGAAACCAUCACAGAUCUGCGGGUGUGGCGCACGAAUCCCGGAUCGGUCUUUGACUAUGAUCCCGCGGAGGACAACAUCCAGUCCAGGAGCCUGCACAUGAUGUCCGUUCAAGCCCAGCGCCGCAGCCGGGAGCACUCGCGCUCCGCCAGCGCCCUGAGCCUCAGCGCCGGGGACGAGAAGUCCGAGACCUCGGAGGCCGCGGAGCAGCACCUGUCUCUGUACAGCAACGGGGGCUUCUUCAACGCCUCCUCAUCGGCAGGCUACCAACAUGCCAAAACCACUGAGCUGCCUCAGCAGAGAUCUUCCUCUGUUGCCACCCAGCAAACAACCGUGUCCUCCGUUCCCUCUCAUCCAUCUACCACAGGCAGAACUGUCCGGGCCAUGUAUGACUACACUGGGGCUGACAGCGACGAAGUCUCCUUCAAGGACGGCGAUGUCAUUGUGAACGUCCAGUCCAUUGAUGAGGGCUGGAUGUAUGGUACAGUGCAGAGAACCGGGAAGACUGGCAUGCUACCAGCGAAUUAUGUCGACGCCAUCUAAACCCGACACAGACAUUCUUAUGAGCAUGAGUCACAUCCACACAGGGAAAGAUGCAGCAGCUUUAUAGAGAAGCAUUAGACACCUCUGUAGAUGUAGAACUUGUCAUUAAAUGUGUGGCUUCAACAUUAAGCUUAGCAGAACAGGUAGGGCUCAUGCAUGCUGUAUUAUCCCCAGUGUUACCAGAUUAGCCCAUGUGCAUUCUAGAUUCUUACAGGUGCCUUUCCCCCAUGUGGAUGUAACUUAUGAUACCUACUGGACAAAAUGGUCUCAACCUUUAAAUACUGACUGAAUUGUACUAUAUUUCUAAAGAGCUCAUAUGUUGUCUUAGAUCAUGAGAACUGUAAAAACCAGUAACAGCCUCGUCUUUGUUUUAAAUGAAAUGUAUACACCUUAUUUUAAAAAAAUCCAGAAGUGAACUGAAAAAAAAAAAUCAAGCGUUGGAGAUCUGCUCAAGAUGCAGGCCUCACUGUUGUACACUGACAUUUCUAGACUUUUUCAAAGGAAUCGUGUUAAAAAUGUGUGGAAUAGUAAUUGAAAUCAAUAGAAUCCACCACAUGAAACCACUACGACUUAUUAUUUCAAUGAAGCAUCAUGGGAUUUAAAAGCUAGCUGCUGCCACCUAUUCCCAACAAAAGAAGUCACAUCUCGGAGAAAAGUCUGAUUUAAAUUUCUAUUAUACUGGGCUUCGAUUUCAAACCAGAUGAAGUGUUAAAAGAGCAAAGCCUCUCCUGUCCUGUUUGCUGAAGGAUGGCCAUUAGUGCAUGUGUGUUUUGUUCCUUCUAAUUAUCUAGCUCUGGAAGGUCAUGAAGCUAUGUACCUUGUUACAGAGUAGCUAAUAAAGCACACCAUGUUUCUGCAGUA